UUUGAGCAUCUGCAAUAUUAUGUCAUCCGGGGUAGCCGUUCUCCACGCUAUUGCAGCAGGCUACUUCUGGGGACGUCUUAUUUUUCACAGGGGGCGUCGUGGCAACAAGGUAAAGUAGUCAAACGAGGGCUAGACUUACGCUCUUACGAAAAGACAAAGGGUUGAUUCGAGACGAGACAUAGGAAAUAAAUAACAAUAAAACACUUUAGAACUUUCAGGGCAGGCUAACCAAGCGGAUUCCGCCCGGCAGUAGUUACUUCCUCGUCCUGCGGGGAGGAUAAAGUGUGACGUCGGCGACUGCUUCGCCUUACCCCAGCCAUUCAGCGGAUUCUGUAGCGAUUCUGCGGUGGGGGACCUGCCUGGGCAAAGCGAAGUGUCGAUGAGCCCCGACACACGCAGAUACAGGACUGCAGAAGCGGAGGCGCGUAGCAAACUUUUCGGAGGAGGGCGAACGUAAGAUAAUGUUUUGCUGUCAAGCGGCAGGCUAGGGUCGGAAGCUUGAGUGCUUGCUGCUUUUUUUCCGGAGGACGCGGUGGGUGUCGUAUAAUUUUUCCGCUCCCCCACCCCGCACCGUGCCCCGAUUUCUUCCCACCCCUAGGAGGGUUUGGAAAUGUCUUUGAAAAAUUCUGACGAUGACCAGCGAUGGGUGCCUACACACGUUCAGGUGACGGUGCUCCGGGGCAGGGGCUUGCGGGCGAAAGGCAAGCACGGCACCAGCGAUGUUUACACCAUCAUUCAAGUCGGGAAGGAGAAAUUCACUACGUGUGUGGUGGAGAAGACGACUGCUCCGGAAUGGAAGGAGGAAUGCUCAUUCGAGCUCCUUCCAGGAGUGCUGGAGGUGGAGGGGAAAAGCGCGUACCCCUCGGGGAGUAGCGAGCUGGUCCUCACGGUGAUGCACAGGGCGCUGAUCGGACUCGAUGUGUUUCUCGGACAAGCCAUCAUCGCUUUGGACAAAGUCUUCCAGGAAAGGAUAUGCAUGAGAAACGAGUGGUACAAGCUGAACUCCAAGUCAGGGAAGAAGGAGAAGGAGCGUGGGGAGGUGCAGGUGACUGUGCAGUUCACACGGAACAACCUGACUGCCAGCAUGUACGACCUCUCUGCCAAGGACAAGCCCAUCUCCGCGUUCGGCCGUCUGAAGGACCGCAUGAAGGGCAGGAAGCGCGAGGACGCGGAGUCAGCCUCUGCCGUCGUUCCCAGCGCGUUCGGGACCCAGCCGCGGCGGAGGGCCCGGUUGCCCAGCGACGGGGGCGGGGAGGAGGAGUAUGAGGACGACGAGGGGGGCGAAGGGCGGCGCAGUAAGAUGCGGAACUUCUUCCUGCGCGGGAAGCUGCGGAAGUCGUCGGACACGCGCUCCAGCACGUCGCUCGGCUCGGAGAGCAGCGAGUCGUCCUCCCGAGGGGGCAGCCUCAGCCCCACCGCCGGCAUCAGCGUGGUGGUGUCCGACCUCUCCAACUCGCCCAGCGAGACCAGCAACCUGACCGCUGACAACAGCCCAGACCACACCACCCACCCGUCGCCCAAGCUCACGACGCACAAGCGGGCGUUCAGCGACGAGGUGGGUCACAUCAGCGACGACGCUCCUCCCCCUGCUCAGCCGCGUGCGGUGCAGUCUCUGAAGGCCCAGAGCGGUGUGCUGUCCCAGUCCUCCCUCUGCGUCAAUGGCAGCCACGUCUACACCAACCCCGCCAACACCCACACCCUGGGGCUGCUGCAGAAGUGCUCCCCCCUGUCCCGCUCGCUCCAGAACCUCCCCCGCCGGGCCGAUGACCCCGUGAGGCCCCCCCCUGGGGCUGAGGGCCGCCGCUGGUCCUUCGACAAGGCCGGGAGGGAGGAGAGGGCGGCCAUUUUGGAACCUGUGCCAGCACUGGCCGACCUGCCCGUGAUUACCACGGAGAUGGCAGAACCGGCCCUAGUCGAGGGGAAGAAGCAGAAGAGGAACCUGUUCUCGCAUGGGCGUGGCGACGCGGUCGGGAAAGGGGCGGAGCAGAGCCAGGCCCUGCCCCCAAAUGAGGAGAAACACAAAGGCUGGUUUGGCUCCAAGGAUUCCCACAACAAGCCGAGCUUGGAAGUAUCUUCUAAGGUAGAAACCAGCUCAGAUGCAGUCCCCUCUCACCCCUUAACUCCCUUCCCAGAUAACCACUCUUGUACUUCUCCUGCUUCUGCCACAGGGCUGGGCUCACCAGGCCUAGCACACCAUGCUAACCCUUUCACGCCCCCUCCAGACACCCCAACCAUUUCUCCUUCAAACCCCUUUUUCACCCGACUGCAGUGUAACCCCUUCUUUGUAGAUCUCCUUGGCGAUCAUACCCUAAAAUCAGCCCCGCCUGCUCCCUGUCUCUCCAGUUCCCCUAUUUGGCCUCCAACAGUUUCUUCCUCCUGGUCCGAUCCGAGUCCUGCCCAAGACUGUCUGGAGGCAGAGCCUGGCCUUGCUGUGGGUGUGGCAAGAGAGAGGUCUCAACUUGGAGUGCUGGGCACAGGGGCAAGGGUGUCCCCCAACCCUUUCUUCACGUCCACCGUGUCAGAAAAUCCCAGCGAAUGGGAUGAGUCUUUCGAGGCAUUUGCUGCCAGCAGGUUGGGUUCGCAGAAUGGGUCAGCCCCGCCUGCCCACACAAUGAUCCUUCCUCUGGAACUCACCAAAGAGCAAUUGUCAGAGGGGUCGGACAAAAUAGGGACUGAAAUGGUCACACCGACACUUCUGCGAAGGCCAACCAAGAUCCCCGUCUUCCAGGGUCAUCAAAGCCAAAGGUUUGACUGGACACAGGAGCCGGGCUUGAACACAGAUCUGUUUCCACCUCAGAUUGACGUGAUGUCUUGGGAGCAUAGCAAGGAGGAACUUAGUGGACAUGCACCUAUACAUUCUCAGGAAGACAAAACAGGCAUCAGUCUUUUCUCAGAGUGGGAUCCAGAAAAACCUCUGGAUUACUCAGUUUCCUCCCCUCAGUUUGUGAAUAUGUCCUCCCUGAUCCCCCAAAGUACCAGUGCAGGACAGCCGAUUACCUCACCUUUCAGCAAAGACUACGGAGAGACCUUGGGGAGUGAUGUAGGUCGAGACGGCGUGGGAAUUCCAGCCGAACAGGAAAACGGUUCUCCUGCUUCAGCCUUACUCUUCCGUUCUCCUGAAGGGGUCAGAGGAGAAAACGACGUCACCUGGAAUGCCCCCCCUGUUUUUGGAGAAGAAGCGAUGUAUAAGACUACCUCAUCUCCAGAGGAAGUUGCUUCAGAAGUGUCUGAAAUUUUGACUUAUGAACCAGAAGUCUCCCUUGUAGAAACAAAUCCAUUUUUCACCACUGUGCCAUUGCACAAAUUCUCUGAAAUUCUACUGGAGGGUCCUGAGAGCACUACUACUGAUACACUUAAACCAAUGCAUGAUGCUGCCACUGAACAGAUGAGCACUAACACUAAUGUUGAUUUACCUGAAGUUACCACUCAUGCUGCACAUGAAAAUCUUCAUGAAUCCGAUGCACACAUAUUUGAUUUUACCAGUUCACUUCUCCCAAAUACUGAUGCUGCUAGCUCUCUUUCGGUUACGAUUGCUGAUAACACUGAAAUUAACAAUAACAGCACUAACGAACUGGCUACUAGCCACUCCCCUUUUGUUCCUGAAGUAAUCAUGAGUGAAAUGAACUCAGAAAAACCUGACAGCCUGUUCUCCAAGGAGCUGGAAUACUCCUCGCCUGCGGAUGUAGCGGAUCUGCCUAUCAAAGCUGACGGCCCUUUGUCUGUUUCCAAUGAAGGAUUCCUGUUUCAGUCUGACAUGUCCAUAAAGGCUGCGGAACUUCUCCCUGUGGAGUCUAUUCCCAUGGCACUUGUGGAAGCGCCUGCUGGAUCUCCAGUGCAGGUAGACCGGGAAGACGAGUUGGAGAAAGAUGGACCAGACCGAGAGGAGACUUGCGCAGAGGAGGCCAUUGAGAAGGAGCAGUCACAUGCAUCAACCAAAGCGCAAGAGACAAUUUCCCAGAAACUUGACAUGGUUUUGCUUGCAGAUACAACAUCUGAUAGCACUCUUGAAGCAGGUACCAUUACCCUCGACACCCAAGGCAGUGAUUCAGAUUUGAUCACUUUGGGUACAGAUUCUGAAAGUGCCCACCAAGACAACUGUGAGGAAAAUGCAGAUUUGAAUGUGAAGGAUUCAAACAGCCCUUCUGCUGAAAUUAAUCGAUGCACUUUGUCUGAUUAUCUAGAAGCCAGAGAGCCUGAUCCUCCAGUGUCUCCUGUUCCAGAAGCGCUUAACUUUGUAACUGCGACUGAAGACCCAGACCCAGGAAACGGCUGGGAGUCGCAUGAUGCCCUCUCAGCCAAAACCGGAAUUAAGCAUCUUCAGUUGAAAGACGAUGCUUGUGAAACAUCUCUACUUGAGGAAGGCGGAUUUGCACCAUCUUUGUUUGUCACAGCAGAUUCAUUGACUGCUGCUCAUGAGUCUGUUCAGCUGGAGGAGCCUCACAGCAAUUCCAACGAGAGCCUGCUGCCUCCUCCCAAACCUCCAAGGCUUUUCCAGGAUUCAGUUCUUAAUGAGGAGCAUAUGAAUGAAUAUCCUCAUCCUGGAGAUGAGGCUGAAUUGCAUCUUGGUACACCCAAGGACUCUCCAUCUGACCUUUUACAAACCCCAGAAGUGAAUUCUGGGCCUGAGCUGCAGCUGACCUCCCCAUCUCCUUUUCAUUCUGAUUAUUCUCUCUUCUCAACAGCCCCCAAGGUUGAGUGGGAAAAACAAAACAGAACUUUCACGUUCAUGGAGGAUGAGUUGUCAUCACGGAAGGUCCCUCAAAGUAGCUUCUCUGCCUUUGACCUUGAGGAGAAUUCUGACCAAAGCUGGGUGACCAGUAAGAGUUUUUUCAAGGAGCUGGACACAACCCACUUUGCAGUAUGGUCUGCAGAUGAGGAAAAUGCCAUACUAACUGACUCCACAUUCCUGGACAAAGCGAUCUUGAUGGAAGACUCUACUCAGAAGGAACCACUCCCGGAUACUGGAACCCAACCCACCACCUCAACUGGGUCCUGUUCACCUUCCCAGAAAUUAAAUGAAGAGCUUGGGGAGAGCUUCCUUGACCUGCUUAAAGGUACCAAGCAGCAAACAUGGACAGAAAGUGUUGAGCCCACAUGGCAAAGUCUACCUUCCUUAAGUGAGCUCUGCUCCAUGGUUUCCCAGGACUCUGUCAGGGACCUUGCGCCAGAGGACCUUCUGCAGCCAAGCAAACCUUUCUCCGGGUUUGACAUUGUCUCUCUCCCAAAGGGAAUCGAGUCUGCCAUCGAGCCUAAGGAGGAGCUCCCCGCUGGGGUGGCCUCUACCCUGAGGAGUCACCCCUCCAUCGGCGUUAACCCAAAGUCCAGCCUCUUUCUGCAUGAUUGUAACCCCCAGGCCUCUUCCACCCCCUCCCUGUUGGCUGAGACUAACGCCCAGGUAGCCUUCUUCCCCUCUCCAAUCCUGCCCCUCCUGCCUUCGAGGCCGACCACAGGAACCACCUCCAUCGCCCCUCCCUCCAAACCUCCUGCAAUGAUUGACACACCGUUCAUGCUUUUGCCCCAGGAGACACAGUCAGCAGAUGGUCUCCCGUCCGGUCAACAGAGCAGUCCACAUCCUGUCAAGCCGCUGACCUCCGCAGCCCCCCAGGAGGAGAAGAAGUCGGAAGGCCGCUCUGUCCUGGUGAGCGGGCUGGAGAAACUCAAGUCCACCAUUCACCCAGGGCGGGCAGCGCAGCAAGGCGAGCCUGAGGCUGACAGGAACAAGGCUUUGUCAGAGGGCGUCGCCCCCUAUUACCACCUGAGCCACAACGAGCUAGUGGCCCUGCUGCUGCAGCGGGAGGCGGAGCUGGAGAGGCAGGGGGCGGAGUUUGAGAGGCAGGGGGCGUUGCUGGAGAAACGGGAGGUGGAGCUGAAGAAGAUGAAGUAUCAGACGCGGGAUCUGGAGGACUACAUCGACACACUGCUGGUGCGCAUCAUGGAGCAGACCCCCACGCUGCUGCAAGUGCGCUCCAAGCUCAAGUGAUUGGCCGGAACAGGGGAGGAACAGGAACGGGGCGGGGGCUUUGUAAUAAAGCUCCGCCUCCCCCCCUGUCCCCGUCCCCCCUCCAAGCUCCUCGUAGUUUCCUCACUGCUACACAGCUCCGUCGAUGUAGUUACAGCACUGGAAAAAAAAUUGCCAGCCAGCAAACGGUGGUGUUUUUGAGUUCGCAUGCUUACUGCCUUGAAACACAACUUUGUCAAGGGGGUUGGGUUUUGUAGGUGUGGAGGUGAAGGUGAAGGUGAAGUUGGGGGUGGGGCUUCAGGUGUCUCCAGGUAGGACAUGAUAGGACAUGGGCAAGGCAGUAUAGCCCCGCCCCUCUAUAGCCUCUCGGUGGGAUGAUUGAUUAGGCGCCACCCGCUCCUCACCAAUGAGACUCACUGCUGCCACCAGAUCUUGCAAGCGGACGGACAACAAGCGCAGCUGCAAACUCUCCAGCUGCAAGCCAAAUGAACCAGUAAAAAAUCUGAGAACUGAAUCCACUCAAACUAAUGCAAAAAUCCUAGAAAGUGUUCUUAGGUUCUGGCCAAUCACAAGGCAAGUCGGGUUUCUCCAUGCCCCCAUCCCUCUCUUACUUUUUUUUUGUUCUUUUGAAGGAUUUUUUUUUUUACAUUUUAUUAAGGCAUGCCUGAAUGUCUGAUAGUUCAGCAGCCUAACAAUCUAUUUAUAAGCAAUAGAGUGUGAAAUCCGUGUGGCUUAUCCAGGCAUUGUAGCUGAAUAUCGAUCAACCCAGAAAAAUGUAUCAACAGUCGCUGCUCUUCCAGACACAGGCCUUUGCCUGUUGCGGUAUUUAGCGUUCACUAAUAACACCGCUUAUAGCAAAAAGCACGUGCGCCCCAUAGGAAGGAACUGGCACUCUAUCCCUCCGGCUAUGUGUUCUUCCACGCCUCUUCCGCUUCAGCUGAGUUACACACAUCGCUUGAACGCUUUCAUGUGUGCGCAAUGGAAGGGGCUAUAUAUCCACACCAUAUGCUGUAUGCCAGAAAUGCCGAAUGCUGCCUUAUUGUAUUUCUGUCGUGGUCGCUGGUCACCUUUUUUGCGUAUUGGUUCACCUUACUUCCUCUCUUUGAAACUAUGACUUAUAUUGAAGUCAUGCUUUCAAACUAAAUUAAUGGUGACGAAAGCUACGUUAUAAAGUAUUUUGCAUUGUAUACAAAGUAUUUUAAAUGUAAGAAUGAACUGGGAAUGAGAGGGUGAUGGUUAUAAAACGAUGUCAACCAGGCAGGGCAGUCUGUUGCCAAGUUACUAAUCCCAGUUUAGUAUUAUUGCACUGACAACAAAAGAACAUUGUAGAUUUGUGAUUUCUGGUGAAAGUUCCUUCACAAUUCAGGAGGGCACUCCAUUGGAAGCUUCAAUGGAUUAGUAUAAAUUGUGUAGUCAAGUUUUCUUUCCUUUGUGAAUUGUCUACCUCCCUUUCACACUUCCACAAAGUGAGACUAUCUCUGCGCACAUUGUGAAAUCUUCAUGGGCUAAAACAGGGCAAAAAUGUAAGUUAUUAGAUAAUGCCACUGCUUAAAACACACAGAAGUUACCAUGUUGUCGCUGUGAUAGCCUACAGGACCCUCUCUGAAAUCCUCUGACAUAGGCCAAUAUCACAGUAGGCUGCACUUUAAAGCCUGCUCUUAAUUCUGGCACUGGUACACACCUAUAGUCAUUUUUUUGAACAUGCUGUCGUAUUGCGUUUUUCAUUGCGGUCUUUCUCUGGUUUUACAGUGACUUUAAUUUGUGUUCAACUGAAUGUGAUUCCCACAGGAAAUGUAAUAUGAUUAAAUUUCAUCCACAACUGAUCUGAACCUUGUUGAUCAUCAUCUUCUCAUUCUUAUUAUUCUCCUCCUCCUAAUUUUCCUCUUCCCAUUAUUAUUAUUAUUAUUAUUAUUAUUAUUAUUAUUAUUAUUAGAAUCUUGUAUAUUUAUCUUUUGUGGCCCCGGGAAUAUGCAUAGGGUUUGUGAAAGAGGGGAACGUUUACAAUUGUUAAUGUGAUUCUGUUACAGUUUUAUAUAUUUAAUAACACAUUUAUUUUCUUGUUCUUUAUUUGUAUGUUUGCUAUUAAUCUUUGUUGAUGCUUUAGGCCUAUUGACCAUGUAUUAUGUUAGUCAUUUUGCAAUAAAGGCUCAAACAAUUAAUUGUAAUGCACAUAGGAAUUUUCUGGGUUUAAAGUCUUGAUUGAAUUUUUGGCAUAUCUUUUAUUUUAAAGGCAUUUUAUAUGCCCUACUGUAAGAAUAUUUUGGUUGGAGUGCCAUUAUUUCUGUUAAAAUUAUUAGGCCUAGUAUUUGCAACUUGAAGGCAAGUAGCCUCGUGUCUAAAGGGACAUUGUUAAACUCAAGUGGUCUUUGAGGUAAUGUAUAUUUAUUCUCACAUGCAAGAAGCGAUGAAAACGAUUAUUUCUGGUAUUGAAGCUACAUGUCAUAACUGCUCCGCAAGGUAAUUGGCCUAAGACGCCGCUGCAAUGUAAUAUCACCGCUUUUCAGAUUUGCCGUGCACUUUGGUUUCUUUUCACAAGAAAGUUUACAAAUGUCCCUAGCCUUUAAAUCAAAUACAACAGUGGUCAUGUCUUCGAAUUGAUAAUGGCCAAGUCGAAUCAUUUUGAAAAACAUAAUGCCCCAAACGCAUUAACUUGGAUAGAAAGGCACUUUCGCACGUUCCUGCAUAGUUUAGAUAUCGUCUUCCACUUAAGACACGGUCGUUCUCCAAGUCUGUUUUGUAUUUGAGCACGGAAGACGACCUCUCGUACCACCUGUUUCGAGCAGUGAAACUACACAUGACGGAUUUGUGGAGCGACCGAGAUCACUUCAGACAGGGAACACAUUUGGUAUUGGUGGGAAAUUUCGAAUGAUCUGAUAUUCGGUUGGUUUGCACAUAAAACUGUUGGAUUGUUUUUUUUUUCUGUUAUUAAAUCCACUGUACUGGCGCAAUAUUAUAGCCUACCUUUAUUCUGUUUCCAUCCCGUGCGUUCAGGCCAAAUGUUAUUAUUUUAAGCUUUUGUAUGGCAAUAUCAGCAUGAUGCAUUGUUUCCCACUGAGAUGUUUGCAUUUGGCACUGACAUGUUAAAUAAAGGACUGUUUCCCAACUGGACCGCAUGCCUCUAAAA